UUCUUAUAGAAAAUUCAAAUAAAAAUCAAAAUAAUGAUCAAACUGAUAUCCAAGAUAAAAACCUAGCUGAAGAUCAAGAUAAAGACCAAGCUGAAGAUCAAAUAGAAUGUCAAUCUAAAAAUAAUAAACUAUAUUCUUCUGUAAAAUGCAAAUAUUGUUUGAAAAAAUUUGAUUGUGGAAUUGCUACUUGA